ACCCUCUUUCUCAGGACGUGUCCUGCUCCAGAGAAGAUGAGGGGCCUCUUGGUGUUUGCUACUCUCCUGGCGGUUGCCUUCAGCACCGAAAACUUUGUGGGUCACCAGGUGCUAAGGAUCUUGGCUGCAGAUGAAGCCCAGCUGGAGAUGGUGAAGGAGCUGGAAGAGCUUGAGCUGGAUUUUUGGCGUGCUCCGGUUCAUCCCGAGUUCCCCAUCGAUGUUCAUGUCCCAUUUGGCAGCCUGCAAGGGGUCAAGGCCUUCCUAGAGCACAAUGACAUCGACUACUCCAUCAUGAUCGAGGAUCUCCAGUCAUUGGUGGAUGAGGAACAACUUCAUAUGUCACUCCGGCAUUUUAUGCCUCUGUCGAUCGACACCUUCAACUAUGCUUCCUACCACAAUCUGGAUGAGAUCUAUGGCUUCAUGGAUGUUCUCGUGGCUGAAAAACCCAACCUGGUCAGUAAAAUCCAGAUUGGCCGGAGUUAUGAGGGUCGCCCGAUCAACGUCUUGAAGUUUAGCACAGGGGGAGUCAACCGGCCAGCCAUCUGGAUCGACACCGGUAUCCACUCUCGUGAAUGGGUCACACAGGCCAGCGGGAUCGUGUUUGCCAAGAAGAUUCUUGACGGUUACGGCAAGGACGCAUCCCUGACCUCCAUCCUGGACAAAUUUGAUAUCUUCCUGGAAAUCGUCACAAACCCGGACGGCUUUGCUUUCACUCACUCCAGUAAUCGCAUGUGGCGCAAGACCAGGUCUCUCAACAGUGGAUCAUCCUGCGUUGGAGUAGAUCCCAACAGGAACUGGGAUGCAGGUUUUGGAGUGGCUGGCUCCAGCGGGAACCCUUGCUCCGAGACAUACCGUGGGCCCCGCCCCAACUCUGAGCCUGAAGUGAAAGCCAUUGUGGACUUUGUGAAGAGCCACGGCAACAUCAAAACCUUCAUCUCCAUCCACAGCUACUCCCAGCUUCUCCUCUAUCCUUAUGGCUACACCACCAAAAAGGCUGCUGAUCAACCGGAGCUGGAUGCUCUUGCUAAGAAGGCAGUCGAUGCUCUCGCUUCGUUGCAUGGGACCAAAUAUAGAUACGGCAGCAUCAUCACCACCAUCUACCAAGCCAGUGGGGGCACCAUCGACUGGACCUACGAACAAGGCAUCAAGUACUCAUACACAUUUGAGCUGAGAGACACAGGCCGGUAUGGAUUCAUGCUCCCUGCCAGUCAAAUCCUCCCAACUGCCGAAGAGACCUGGCUGGCCCUCAAGGUCAUCAUGGAACACACACGCGAUCAUCCGUACUAAACCAGAACUGGAGGCCAACCAUCGACUCAAGGGCAGGGGGUAGAACCAGAAAGUAUCAUCGACCACCUCAAUAAACUUCUGGAAUGAAUAAAGCCACACGGCAUUGGCUUCUAUUCUCACCAAA